ACUUUACUAUAAUAGAUGUUCAUAAUAUAUUCUUUAUCCUUUUUCUUUUUAAGUUAACUACAAGUACAUUCUUGAUAGAUCCAACCUUUUUCUUUAGGUUGCAUAGCACAACUAAUUCUUAUUUUUGUUUGGUAAUGAUUUCUAGAAUAACUCUUGAUUGAGGGUGUUUUUGUCCAUUAAAAGAAAAGGCAGAUAAAAAUCAUGGUAUUGUAUAAAAAUAACUUGUAUUAUUUUUUUUCAAAAAUAAUUAUGCUUGGUAUAAGCAAGUUCAUGAGCAUAAUCAUAGUUUAGUUGAGUUUGCUUUUCAAAAAUUAUUUGAUUGAUAGGCCAAAAAAAAAAAAGAAACUUAAUCCGAGUCUUAUUCUGGUUUAAUUUUUGAACCAAGUAUUAAUUCAUUGUCCUUUCUUUUCUAUUUUUUAAUAAAUUUAUAUCAAAAAGCUCCUAGUAAAAGUUAAAAAGCUAUGAAAACAUUAUUUACCAAAUAUUUUUGCAGUCCUUUAAUUUCUUGGCCGCAGAAGUAGCUAAGCUUCUAGUUGCCAAACACAAAGAGCAAGCGUUUUUCCAAGUUUCAAGUUUUGGAGCGUGAAAUUGCUAAUCAAAUGAGCCAUUACUCCCAUCUGCUUAACACUAUUUUUAUUUGUUCACAAUCGAAUUAUUCCAAUCCCAUUGAUUUCUUGUAAAUUGAUCACAAUAAUGCCACUAAAAAUUCCUGCAACCAAUAUCUUUAUAAACCCAAACUUCUUCUCUAUGUUUAACCUUGAUAACUAUUUUAAUAAGAAGAAGCAUAAAAAAUUAAUGAACAUUGCACCGAAAACGUUUUCUUUACUCCAUAGUAGAAGGAGAUUUUUCUAACUUGCAGCAAUUGGUACGGUACCUAAGGAGUACUUAAAUGAUCAAUUAUAUAGUCAUAAAAAAAGGUAAGCCGAUUUUUCUCCUGCACUAAUAGCACGUCAAAGCAUUUUGCUUAAAAGUUCACCUUUUUAUUUUUUUACAUAACUCAUAAAUAAGAUUUUUUUUCCUAAACAACCCAUUUUAAUUAAUUUUUAUUGGACCAUCAUCAUACCUAUUUCUUUUUUUUUUUUAAGGCGGGAUGGGUCAUACCUGACGAGUACAGAUGCCAUCUUUAGCUCACAAGUUACUAUCGGAGUGACUGGUUAUAUAAGCAGCCACCCAACCUGCUAGUUCAUUAGCUUCACGAAAAAUAUGAUUGGUCUGAAAGAUUCCUUCAUCCCUUACCGUUGGCCAGAUAUUUCGGAGUAAAGAGUGAACGCAGCUAUUAUCUCUUAGAUCUUUCGGAUCCAACUAAUAACCAUAAUCGAGUACUGAUGUGCUCCUUGAAAGGGCCUUUAAUAGACAUUAGAAACCAAGAACUUUUUCAGAAGGGUAAGAAGAGAGAAUUCCAGAGCAGGAAGCUUCCUAAUUACUAAGAUUCGAAGCAUCGCUCUGCUUAUUCUACUUUUUCAUGACGCAGUCAACGUAAAUGUAAACACUCGUCAUUUUUUGUGCCGCGCGCGUAAAACGUGGGAUUUGAGGGGCUUUCCCUCUUGUUCGGGGAUUAUUCUCGGUCUCUCUCGAACUCACCCGACACGCUAUUUUCCAGGUCAGUCCGACGACUUGCAAGAAAUAACGAAGCUUUUGCUCUACGCCUCUACCAGCUUCCUCGACACGUAUCUUCUCGUAAGACGUUCCAGAUUUGUCUCGAAACUUCGUUCCCCCUUCCGUACACGUUUUCCUCUCGCCUAUAAAUGCUCGCGGAAGCCAAAGCCUCGAAACUACGCCACCCUCAAGCUUCCAGGGCAUACAUAGCGGUUAGGCAACAAAAGAGUCGAUUAGUUUUAAAGUCCUCUGCUUCGAUGCCAAUGGCAGAACCUAGUUCGAAGUUGAUGGAAUUCGAGCAAGUGUUCCGUUGGUUCGAUAAAGACGGCGAUGGGAAGAUCUCGGCCUCCGAGCUGAGGCUCUGCAUGGGGACGAUCGGCGAGGAGUUGUCCGCCGAGGGUGCCGAGAACUUGGUGGAGUCAGCUGACUCCAACGGCGAUGGGUUGUUGGAGUUGGAGGAUUUCAUGAGGUUGGUUGAGGUGGAGGGGGAGGAGGAGAGGAGCAAGGAUUUGAGAGCGGCGUUCGAGAUGUACGAGAUGGAAGGGGAGGGGUGCAUUACGGCAAAGAGCCUGAAGCGGAUGCUGAGCCGGCUGGGGGCGUCGAGGGGCUUGGACGAAUGCAGGGCCAUGAUUUGUAGGUUCGACCUCAAUGGGGAUGGUGUGCUUAGUUUCGACGAGUUCAGGAUUAUGAUGAUGGUCUGAGGGGCAAGCUUGCCACGCUUUCCAUGUAGCUGUGUCACCAGCAGUAGCUGAUUCUAUUCAUUUAGAUGGCUGUAGAUAUGGUGGUUGUUCUUGUUGGAAAUAAUCCAUCCACCAAAAUUUUAUAAAUUUUUUUAUAUAAUUUUAUUGUUUUAUC